UGUAUUUUCAGAGUAAAGCACCUGGGCGCCAGCGUAGCUCAAAUGCUAGCAUAACUGAGGAACACGUGACCAAUGUGACAUUAGUUCAUGUUUGAAAGGUUGCAAACACGAAAAGCUAUGAAGACUGGUCGACUCGGAUGCAAAUAUUAAAUUAGCCAAUCGUGUCUGCUUUUGUUAUGUAAACCAAAACCGGAAGUGUCCUUUUUUGCUUGGUUGGAGCGGACUUGAUCUUGCGUCAGUGCUGCCUUAAAGCUGGGCAUCCAGGCCACAGAGCAGAACCAGACGUGCUCUGAAAGCCCAGCUGGAAGGUGGACUACAAGCUGGACUUGAAGGUGGACCCCAGAAGCAGGCUGGAGGCAGACGUGCAUGCGCCUCUGACAGCGUCUUCAGCACUGGCACCCGGCGUUCACUUCCACAAUGGCCGACACGGAAGUUUCUUUCUCCCCGGCCCUGCGGCUGCUGCACUUAAGCCCCUCCCACGCAGCUGAGGCCCCUCCUUCUGCCUCCUCCUCCUCCCCCACCACCUUCUCAUGCCCCUCCUCCCCUUCCAGCGCCUCCUCGUCGUCCUCGUGUUCUUCCGACAGCUCCUCCGACCGGCCGGGCCGCCGCCAUCGCCACCGCCAUAAUCAGCCCCGCCCCCAGCUGCCUCUGCCUCCGCCCCCUCAGGACGAGCGGCCAUCCUCGCCCAGCGCCAGCCCCCGCAGCUCCAGCCCCAGCGGGAGCAUCGGGAGCACCGGCAGCCUCAGCAGUGCCAGCGAGGGCGUGGCUAGCGGCGGCGUUGUGGCCAGUGACGGCGCCGAAGCCUGUGGGCCCGGCCCCCCCCUCGAUGUAAUUUCAGAGAGCGCCAUGGAAGUGGACCAAGUCAUCGACCCGGAAGUGGCGCUGAAGGCGUGUCAGGAAGUUCUUCUCAAGAUCAAACUGCAGAGCAGGGAGGGUGCAGAAAACCUUGGUCUCGACGAGCGGCGACACACUGGUGCCGACGCCGACUCCAUCAAAGAGGAAGACGAAGAUGAAGAGGCGAAUGGGCGUGGCCUUUGCCGGCGGGAGCCGCCUCCGUCAUCGUCCAAACAGUCGUGGCUGCUACGCUUGUUCGAGUCCAAGCUCUUCGACGUGUCCAUGGCGAUGGCGUACCUGUACAAGUCCAAGGAGCCCGGUGUGCAGGCGUACAUCGGGAACCGCCUCUUCAGCUUCGCCGACAGCGAGGUGGACUUUUACCUGCCGCAGCUGCUCAACAUGUACGUGCACAUGGACGCCGAGGUGGGCGAUGCCAUCAGACCUUACCUGGUGCAUCGCUGCAGGGGCAGCAUCGUCUUCUCGCUGCUGUGCGCCUGGUUGCUCGGCGCCUACUCGUCUGACAUGCACAUCUCCACGCAGCGACACUCCCGAGGCGCCAAACUCAGAAAGCUCAUCUUGUCUGACGAGCUCAGGCCGCCCGGCGCAGGCCCCCCACGGACGCUUUCAGCCUCUGACUGCCCGGCGACCUCACCGCCCCACCGCCGCACUCACCGGAGUCGUCACAGCGCUGACGCAGGCGCCUCUGAACGCUCGCAAGACGGCUCUUGUGUCCCAGGAGGGAAUGAGGUGUUUCUGUCCCCCUCUAGGAGGACACACCAGAGGUCCAAAUCAGACGCCACCACAGGGACCGGUGGGCCCAGCUGCGGCCUCCGCAGGACAGGAAGUAACCCCAAAGUGGAGGCCGUCCACGAGGAGCCGGAGCGUCUGCGUCCGCAGCGCGACUUGGUCAAGUCGCUGCUGGCCAUCGGGAAGCGUCUGGCCACGCUGCCCACCAAAGAGCUGAAGACGCAGCGACUGAUCUCAGAGCUGUCGCUCCUCAACCAUAAGCUGCCCGCCCGAGUGUGGCUGCCCACCGCCGACUUCCAGCACCACGUGGUCCGCAUCCCGCACACGCAGGCCGUGGUGCUCAACUCCAAAGACAAGGCGCCCUACAUCAUCUACGUGGAGGUUCUGCAGUGCGAGAACUUCGAGACCUCCGCCGUUCCCAUUCGCAUCCCUGAGGCGCGGAUCCGCUCGGCCCGCUCCGCAGACAACCUGGACUGCGGAGCCACUGUGACAUCAGAGCAGCGCACGGCAAGUUUCUCCACCGUCCCCAACUACGACAACGACGACGAGGCCUGGGCCACAGAUGACAUCGGGCAGCUGCAGGUGGAGGUUCAGACCGGCAGCAGUGACAACAUCAGCCAGUUCUCUGUGGACAGCAUCACCAGUCUGGAGAGCAGGGAGGUGGUCUUCAUCGCAGCCGGAGACAUCAGACGCCGCCUGUCGGAGAACUUGGCACACACGCCCACCACGUUCAAGAGGGACCCUGAGGACCCCUCAGCUGUGGCCCUCAAAGAACCCUGGGAGGAAAAAGUCAGGCGUAUCCGGGAGGCGUCUCCGUAUGGUCACCUGCCGAGCUGGCAUCUUCUGUCCGUCAUCGUCAAGUGUGGUGACGACCUGAGACAGGAGCUGCUGGCCUAUCAGGUGCUGACACAGCUGCAGUACAUCUGGCAGCAGGAGAGAAUCCCUCUGUGGAUCAAGCCUUACAAGAUCCUGGUGAUGUCGUCGGACAGCGGCAUGAUCGAGCCCGUCCUCAACGCCGUGUCCCUCCAUCAGGUUCGUAAGCAGAGUCAGCUAUCGCUGCUCGACUACUUCCUGCAGGAACAUGGCAGCCACACCACGGAAGAGUUCCUCACCGCUCAGAGGAAUUUUGUCCAGAGCUGCGCGGGAUACAGCCUCAUCUGCUACCUGCUGCAGGUCAAAGACAGACACAACGGUAACAUCCUGCUGGACUCGGAAGGUCACAUCAUCCACAUCGACUUCGGCUUUAUCUUAUCCAGUUCUCCUCGUAAUCUCGGCUUCGAGACGUCUGCCUUCAAGCUCACCUCUGAGUUUGUUGACGUGAUGGGCGGCCUUGAUGGAGACAUGUUCCUCUACUACAAGAUGCUGAUGCUCCAAGGACUCAUCGCUGCCAGGAAGCACAUGGACAAGGUGCUGCACAUCGUGGAGAUCAUGCAGCAAGGUUCCCAGCUGGCCUGCUUUCACGGUUCCGGAACCAUCCGCAGUCUGAAGGAGCGUUUCCACAUGAGCCUGACUGAGGAGCAGCUGCAGGUUCUGGUGGAGCAACUGGUGGACGGCUCCAUGCGCUCCAUCACCACCAAACUCUACGACUCCUUCCAAUAUGUCACCAACGGCAUCAUGUGACCCGACGCUGAGUUGACAGGCUUCUCUCAGCUCUUUAAGCUCAUUCUGAAUCAAGCACACAAACAGGCCACGAACGCUGAAUGUUUUCUCUUGACGCGGGAUGAACGCUAACAUGCGUGUUCAUGGCGUGAGAAAGACGACAGACGUGUUGCAAAUGUGACUGAUCUGUGCUACAAGUCGCAACAGUUUGCGUUUGUUUAAAUGUAGAAGGUUUUGCUGGCGAGGCAGGACGGAACAUUCCAGCUCAUGGAGCGUUGUUGGAUUCCCUGACGUUGGCACGCUGUGAUUGGUCGACACGUACACGCUGCAGCCAAUCAGGACGUUUUUGAUUGUGUACGUGAACUUUGUAUGGCAACAAAGUAACUUCCAGGAGCCCAGCAUCAAACCAGCCUUUAAGCAGGUACUUAGUAGUACGCACGUAGUUACGUAAUACUACUUACACACUUACCUUCUAAAGAACAAAGUACGUACUACUAAGCAACUGCAUGGUACUACCACACAGUGGUGGUUUAUUACCUCAGUAAUUACAUAGUACUACUACACAAUAGUAUCUUAGUGUAUACACACUACUACACAUGUGCGUGCAUAUUACCAAGUAACUACUGUAGUUUAGUAAAUAAUACUAAGAAGGACAUAGUACUACACAGCAGUAGUAAAGUGCACACUGAGUAGUAUGCACUUCCUAACUUGCUUACUCAGUAGUGUGUGUACUACUAAGUACUACUAAGUUCUACUAAGAACAUAGUACUACUACAUGGUAGUAGUUUAGUAGUGCGUGAAUACUUUCAAAUAACUGCAUCCUGCGGAGUGUAAUCUCAGUCAUAUGCGCAAUGUAGUACGCAACAAUUGGUGUACUAGGUCAGGUGCCCUUAGUCGUACUUGCAGUGAUUGGCUGCAGCCAACGAGGAGGUUUGUGCUUUUGUGUACGUCAACUCUGAAUGGCAACAAAGUGGUUAGCUUUCACGACAGAGUAGCUAGCCUCGCAUCAGAGCGGCCUUUAAGAUGUUAUAAAUAAUGUACAGUCUAUAUUUAUAUUUACUGCAAGCAAUGCAUUCAGAUUGUAUGUACUAAGGAGCUAACUUGUUUUUUUGUUUUUUUGUUUUUUUAAGUACACACACCUUUAAACUGAAAUAACGGUUGACGCUUUUUAAAGUAAAAUGAUGAAGCAUAUACCACAGAGCAAGUGGAAUAAAAAUAAAUACUAAUUCAUGUCAAAA